UUUGAUUUUCAAGGUUCUGAUUUUAUUUUCUUGGUUUUGAUUUCAUUUUUUUGAGUUUUGAUUUUCUGGGUUUUGAUUUCGAUUGAAGGUAAUGAUGAUGGUCGGAUUUCUAGGUUAGGGUUUUAGGGCGUGGGUUUUGGGUUUUAUUGAAGGUGAUGAUGAUGGUCGGAUUUCUGGGUUAGGGUUUUAGAGCGUGAGUUUUGGGUUUUAUUGAAGGUGAUGAUGGUGACGAUUUCUGGGUUAGGAUUCUAGGGCGUGGGUUUUAGGUGUUUUCGGUGACAAUUUUUGGGUUUUUGGGUUUGGGAUUUCUGGGUUUUUAGGUUAGGGAGAGGGCUACCGAAAAAAGGAGGGAAAGACGGGGAAGGGGGCUGCCGAAAAAGGGAGGGGAAGACGAAUGAGGGGGUCGGGCUGCCGGAAAAAGGUGGAGUUGCCGGAAAGUUGUUGUCAUGGAUGAAGGUGGAGGGGAAGAGGGCAACCAUGAAUGACAGGGGAAGGGGAAGACAACCAUUAAUUAGACACUCUCUCCUCCUAAUCACAUGAAUAAGAUACACUAAUUGUAAUUAUCAAAUUUUGUCUCGUGUACCGCAAACCCUCUGAAAGUUACAGAUAAUAAAGACCGGAGGUAGUAAUUCAAAACCUCACUCCCUCGGCUCCUACCCAACUCUACACUCUCACUAGUGCACUUCUUUCACCGUCAGACCAUCCUGCCACGACUCCCACCACCGCGGUUCUCCGCCACGACCACCAUCUAUUAAACACUUCUUUCUCUUUUUAUGGAGAAUAUUCUGAAGAAAUAUCAACAGAAAUUCAAGAAAGUUCGAGAAGAAAUGGAUCACUGGGAAGACCUUCAAUCCCGGUUACUUUCUCAGUUUUCUAAUGCUUCUUCAAUUAUUGGAAGAAUUGAGGUGAUUGGAAAUAAGAGGAAUUAUGGUGGUUUGAAGGGUGUUGAUGGGAUUGAAGAUGCAGUUUUGCAGAAGCAAAUGGAGUCUUCGGAGACAAUUUUGCUCUCAAUUAAGAAGACUAUGUUAGUUCAAUUGGUUUUUCUUAGCACUUUAUUUUUGUUGUUCUUGUUGCUUCAUUGUAUUUAAUCCAACAUCUCUUUACUUGCAAGCUCUUCAUUUCACCUCAAGUACCCGUAGUCGGAUACUCAACACUUGGACAUGGAUAAUUAUAUAUUUCAGUGUAUAAAAUUUGGUUCAACUUCAUAACAAUAUUUGCUCUCAUAUAAGAAUGUGUAGUAAAAGAAAAAAUAUAUAAUUUGUGUAAG